AUGGGUGCGUAUCCAGGCGGCGUUAGGGCUGCCGCCAACACAUCAACAACUCAAGGAAUUUGCCCAGCGAAUCCUAGACAUCAGAGGCACUACCCAGCCACUUGGGAGAAACUGGAUUCAGUUCUUUAUUAA